GUGGGUGGUCCAGAGGGCAGCAAGGGACACAAUCUACCUUCUAACUAUGUUCUAUCUAGCCAUGUGAAUCCUGGGACUUUAGAGAGGGGACAAAUGGGGCAAGUGGGCAGCAGGGACAUUCCUAGACAGUUAUACCCAUGAUGGGUGGGGGCAGGUGGCCCUGUCACAUGGUGCUUAAAAAGUAGGACCCAGCUGAGAUGAGCCUCUUGAGGAUCCUUGAGGCUGGUCAUGAUUGGACCCUUUGGGCUUAGCAGCUUGCUACUUGUUCAUGAGAUUAGCUAGUAGCUUAUGAAUAGCCAGUAGCAAACUCACUUAUGUAAGGGUUUGCUGGGGUCACUCCCUGGGGUGCAUCACCCUUGUUUCUUGGAGACUCUGGGUAGCUUGCUGUGUUCCAACUUUUCUCUUGUCUCAUCAGAGGCGCUUUCCAGACUUUUCCUACAUCACCCAGAGUGGCCGGCUGACUGACUUUCUGGACUGUGUAAUCAUCAGGCCAUCUGCCCCAUCCUGUUGGAAGACUACCGCAAGAUCGCAGUGGACAAGAAGGGCGAGGCAAAUUUCUUCACUUCUCAGAUGAUCAAAGACUGUAUGAAGAAGGUGGUGGCCGUUCACCUGCACCAGACGGUUCAGGUGGAUGAUGAACUGGAAAUCAAGGCAUACUAUGCAGGCCAUGUGCUGGGGGCAGCCAUGUUCCAGAUUAAAGUGGGAUCAGAGUCUGUGGUCUACACGGGUGAUUAUAACAUGACCCCAGACCGGCAUUUGGGGGCUGCAUGGAUUGACAAAUGUCGCCCCAACUUGCUCAUCACAGAAUCCACGUAUGCAACAACCAUCCGAGACUCCAAACGCUGCAGAGAGCGAGAUUUCCUUAAGAAAGUUCAUGAGACUGUGGAGCGUGGUGGGAAGGUGUUGAUCCCUGUGUUUGCACUGGGCCGGGCACAAGAGCUCUGCAUCCUGCUGGAGACCUUCUGGGAACGCAUGAACCUGAAGGUGCCCAUCUACUUCUCUACGGGCCUGACAGAGAAGGCCAACCACUACUACAAGCUCUUCAUCACCUGGACCAACCAGAAAAUACGUAAGACAUUUGUCCAGAGGAACAUGUUUGAGUUCAAGCACAUCAAAGCCUUUGACCGGACAUUUGCUGACAACCCAGGUCCCAUGGUUGUGUUUGCCACACCUGGGAUGCUGCAUGCUGGCCAAUCUCUGCAGAUCUUUCGAAAGUGGGCAGGAAACGAGAAGAACAUGGUUAUCAUGCCUGGUUACUGUGUUCAGGGCACUGUGGGCCACAAGAUCCUUAGUGGGCAACGAAAGCUGGAGAUGGAGGGGCGUCAGGUGCUGGAGGUAAAGAUGCAAGUGGAAUACAUGUCAUUCAGUGCCCAUGCUGAUGCCAAGGGCAUCAUGCAACUGGUGGGACAAGCAGAGCCGGAGAGUGUGCUGCUGGUGCAUGGCGAGGCCAAGAAGAUGGAGUUCUUGAGGCAGAAGAUUGAGCAGGAAUUCCGGGUCAGCUGCUACAUGCCGGCCAAUGGUGAGACAGUGACGCUGCCCACAAGCCCCAGCAUCCCUGUGGGCAUCUCCCUGGGGCUGCUGAAGCGGGAGAUGGUGCAGGGACUUCUCCCUGAGGCUAAAAAGUCUCGGCUCUUGCAUGGCACACUAAUUAUGAAAGACAGUAGUUUCCGGCUGGUAUCCUCAGAGCAAGCCCUCAAGGAGUUGGGCCUGGCUGAGCACCAACUGCGCUUCACCUGUCGUGUGCACCUGCAGGACACACGCAAGGAGCAAGAAACAGCCCUGCGUGUGUACAGCCACCUCAAGAGCACCCUCAAAGACCACUGUGUACAGCACCUCCCUGAUGGCUCUGUGACUGUGGAGUCCAUUCUUAUCCAGGCUGCUGCCCACUCAGAGGACCCUGGUACUAAGGUACUACUGGUCUCCUGGACCUACCAGGAUGAAGAGCUGGGAAGCUUUCUCACAACACUUCUCAAAAAUGGCCUCCCCCAGGCACCCAGCUGACAUGUACCAGCAACCUACCACUCUGUCUCUUGCUGUUUGCCCAGCAGAAGGACCAGGGAUUUGGCUUUGGGAGGUGGGUGCCCUGAGUAAAUGGAAACCAUAAUUGGGCCACAGACUCUGUCGUAGGGACAAGACCAGAGUCACAGGCUGGCUAAAGUAAUAAACAAGCCUUUUUGUUC